UAGUCUGGACGUCGGCCCCUCAGCCGCGCUUGCAGACUCCGGCUAUGGCGGGGCCUGAAUGGGAGUCGCUGGAGCAAUGUUUGGAGAAGCAUCUGCCACCCGCAGACUUGAGGGAGGUGAAACGCAUUCUCUAUGGCAAGGAAACCAGGAAGCUUGAUCUGCCCAGCAGGGCUUUUGAAGCCGCCUCCGAAGGGGACUUUGAGCUGCAGGGGUAUGCCUUUGAGGCCGCAGAGGAGCAGCUGAGACCUCCUCGGACUGUGCGUGUGGGACUUGUUCAGAACAGAACUCCCCUGCCUGCAGAUGCCCCUGUGGCAAAACAGGUCACUGCCCUUCACAGACGCAUAGAAUCCAUUGUAGAGGUGGCCGCUGUGUGCGGAGUGAACAUCAUCUGUUUCCAGGAAGCAUGGACUAUGCCCUUUGCCUUCUGUACGAGAGAGAAGCUUCCUUGGACGGAAUUUGCUGAGUCAGCAGAGGACGGACCCACCAGCAGAUUCUGUCAGAAGCUGGCAAAGAAGCACAACAUGGUGGUGGUAUCUCCUAUUCUGGAACGAGACAGAGAGCAUGGGGACGUUCUGUGGAACACAGCCGUGGUGAUCUCCAAUUCCGGAGCAGUGCUGGGAAAGACCAGGAAAAACCACAUCCCCAGAGUGGGCGACUUCAACGAGUCAACUUACUACAUGGAAGGAAACCUCGGACACCCCGUGUUCCAGACUCAGUUCGGGAGGAUUGCGGUGAACAUCUGCUACGGGCGGCACCACCCUCUCAACUGGCUCAUGUACAGCAUCAAUGGGGCUGAGAUCAUCUUCAACCCCUCAGCCACCAUUGGAGCACUCAGUGAGUCCCUGUGGCCAGUUGAGGCCAGAAAUGCAGCCAUUGCAAAUCACUGCUUCACCUGUGCCAUCAACCGAGUGGGCAAGGAGUACUUCCCGAAUGAGUUUACCUCUGGAGAUGGGAAGAAAGCUCACCAGGACUUUGGCUACUUUUACGGCUCGAGCUACGUGGCAGCCCCGGAUAGCAGCCGCACCCCCGGGCUCUCCCGCACCCGGGACGGGCUGCUGGUUGCUGAGCUCGACCUGAACCUCUGCCGGCAGGUGAAUGACAUCUGGAACUUCAAGAUGACCGGCAGAUAUGAGAUGUACGCUCAGGAGCUCACCGAAGCUGUCAAACCCAACUACAGCCCCAAUGUCGUGAAAGAGUAGCUGGAUUUUAGCCCCUGCCCGCCAAGGAGGGCACCUCUGCCCCUGGCAGAUCAGCAAGUACAGCAGGCU